UUUCAUCUUAGAUGCUUUCCAUAUUAACCCACAUCAACGCUGGCAGCUUAUUAAACAGUGACCUUACAGCCUAAAACACGGAUUGAACGCUACGCAGCCUGUGUGGGAUCCAUGAUAUUUGACCCUUGAUUAUCAAUAUCCUCCUCUCUGUGCGAAAAUCUCAUUCCCGGGUGCGAUAUAUAGUUUUCUGCAUCUUACUUUUGAACUCACCCAACAAUUCUACCAGCUGCUUCCUGCCUCUUUGCACCAAAUGGAGUUUAGUAAACCCAGCUUUUAUACAAUUGUGUAUCUGCCAGUGUUUCUUUUCUUCUCUAUCAACUUAGGAUGCCUGCAAGCCAGCGCUUCAGUGAGAGAGACGGAUGAACUUGCUUUGCUCGAAUUCAAACAAGGGAUAACCAGUGAUCCACAUGGUAUCUUUAACUCAUGGAAUGAUUCUCUCCAUUUCUGCAACUGGACUGGAAUCACAUGCGGUCGCCGCCAUCAAAGAGUCGUCUCCUUGGUCUUACAAGGGCAGAAUUUGUUAGGAUCUAUAUCACCACAUAUUGGCAACCUCAGUUUUCUCAGGUUGAUCAACCUCCAAAACAACAGCUUCAGCGGUGAAAUUCCACCGCAAGUUGGCAACUUAUUUCGAUUGCAGGAAUUCCUUGUCAGUAGAAACUCAUUACAUGGUACAAUUGCAAUAAACUUGACUCGCUGCUCACAGCUCAAGACGAUCGAUUUACGAUGGAAUAAUAUAACUGGAAAAAUUCCCGCAGAACUUGGGUCUCUUACAAAGCUAGAGAUGCUUGGACUUCGUAGUAACAAUCUGACAGGAGAAAUUCCACCUUCUCUAGGCAACAUUUCAUCACUUACAAUAUUUUCUGCUUCUUUGAAUAAUUUGGAGGGAAGUAUUCCAAAUGAAAUGGGUCGAUUAAAAAGCUUGAAUAUUUUCGCCGUUACAAACAAUGGAUUAUCAGGCACAAUUUCUCCAUCUCUUUUCAACAUCACAUCUUUGAGUUAUCUGGCAGUUGCUUUCAAUCAAAUUAGGGGGAAUCUACCUGAAAGUAUUUGCUUUACUCUCCCAAAUCUUCAAAGUUUUCUAAUCGGUGCAAACUAUUUCUCUGGCCCAAUCCCAAAUUCAUUGUCCAAUGCAUCUCAGCUUCAAAUAUUUGAUGUCGCUACUAACAAUUUUGUGGGACAAGUUCCCACUAAUCUUGGAAAUUUACAGAGUCUCUUCAAGCUGAACUUUCAGUUAAAUAAUCUUGGAAGUAAUUCAUCUAAUGACUUGCUUUUCUUGACCUCCUUGACAAACUGUAGUAAUCUAGAAAGCUUGUCCAUCUACGGAAACAAUCUUGGAGGUGUCUUGCCAGACUCUGUAGCCAAUUUUUCAACUCGGCUCACUUAUUUAUAUUUGGGAGGAAAUGAAAUCACUGGAAUUAUUCCUGUGGCAAUGGAGAAUCUUGUCAACUUAAUUGCAUUGGUUAUGGAGAAAAACCUUUUCACAGGAUUCAUCCCCUAUCAAUUCGCAAAGCUUCAAAAGCUACAGUUAUUGGCUUUAGGUGGAAAUAGAUUGUCAGGUGAAAUUCCAUCCUCUAUAGGUAACCUCACUCAGUUGUCAAUUCUGGACCUGUCAAAUAACAAAUUAGAAGCAAGUAUUCCUUCAAGUAUUCGAAAUUGCCAAACAUUGUACGAUUUGGACAUUUCAAAAAACAGUCUCAGCGGAGAGGUGCCCAGGGAAGUUCUAGGCCUUAUUUCUUUAUCCCAUGUACUAAACUUAUCUCAAAACUCUUUCACUGGGAACUUGCCAACAGAAGUGGGAAAGCUUAAAAAUGUAAAUACACUAGAUCUCUCGGAAAACAAUCUUUCUGGCGAAAUUCCUGGAACCAUUGGAGAAUGCUUCAGUCUAGAAUAUCUUUACAUGCAAGGAAAUUUUUUCCAAGGAACCAUUCCAUCAUCUUUAGCUUCCCUUAAAGGCCUUCGAUAUUUAGAUCUUUCCCGAAACAACUUGUCAGGACAAAUUCCAAACGAUCUCCAAGAAAUCCCUUAUCUCGAAUUCUUGAAUCUCUCUUUCAAUGAUCUUGAGGGAGAGGUACCAAAAAAUGGAGUAUUUCUUAACGUCAGUGCAUUGUCACUGAUUGGGAAUAAUAAGCUUUGCGGUGGUGUCACAGAACUUGGUUUGCCAAAAUGCCCCACCAGAGUCAUGAAGAAAGUGAAAUCCCACACUCUUAAGCUAGUAGUUGUAAUUGCUUGUGUGGUUCCAUCUGUGCUUUUGAUUCUUAUCUUUUUUCUUAUUUGCUGGAUGAGAAAAUCAAGAAGCAAGCUUUCUUUUGCACCCUUUGAAAUGAACCACCUUCUAAAGGUAUCUUACAAAGAUCUUUAUCAAGCAACGGAUGGAUUCUCUUCUAGCAAUUUAAUUGGUUCAGGUAGCUUCAGCUCUGUGUAUAAAGGACUUCUAUCUCAAGUUGAAAGACCAGUAGCUGUUAAGGUCCUCAACCUCGAGCAAACGGGUGCUAUUAAGAGCUUCAUGGCUGAAUGCAAUGCGCUGGGGAAUAUAAGGCAUCGGAAUCUUGCCAAGCUUGUAACAUGUUGUUCCAGCAUAGAUUACAAAUCAAAUGCAUUCAAAGCUUUAAUUUUUGAAUAUAUGGGGAAUGGAAGCCUAGAAAAGUGGCUGCAUCCAUGUGAAGGUGGUGAAAAUCAUUCAAGAAGCUUGAACCUUCUUCAAAGGCUCAAUAUCGCCAUUGAUGUAGCAUCAGCAUUACAUUAUUUACAUGACCUCUGUGAAAAGCCUAUCAUUCAUUGUGACCUGAAGCCCAGCAAUGUUCUUCUUGAUGAUGACAUGGUUGCUCAUGUAAGUGAUUUUGGUCUAGCAAAACUCUUCUCAAUCAACUACGAUUCAUCUCUUAGUCAAACCAGCACAAUUGGAAUCAAAGGAACCGUUGGUUAUGUGGCUCCAGAAUAUGGAAUGGGUGGUUUAGCAUCGAAAGAAGGAGACGUUUAUAGCUAUGGGAUUCUUGUGUUAGAGAUGUUCUCAGAAAGAAGACCAACUGAUGAAAUGUUUAAAGGGGGAAUAAAUCUCCAUGAUUUUGUAAAGGCAGCAUUACCAAAACGACUUUUACAAAUAGUGGAUCCAAACCUUCUCCCUGGAGAAAUAGCAAAUGAAGAAUAUGAAGAUGGUGAAAUACUGGAAGCAGAACAAACCAAUCACCAUGGGAACAUGAGCCAGGUUAUAGUGAAUGUGAGACGAUGCCUAGUUUCAAUACUCGAAAUUGGUGUUGCAUGUUCAGUGGAGUCACCUAUGGAACGAAUGACUAUGGCAGAUGUCAUGAAAAAGUUGCACUUGAUAAAGAAAACUUUUUUAGAUAUUCAAAUGCCCAGAAACAGACCAAAUGGAGGGUGAUUGGGAGGUGCUAAACAUUUCAAGGGAAGUCAAAUUGAAUAAAUGUCCACUUUUCUGUAUGUGAUCUAUGUAAAUAUAUCUUUCUUAAUUUUUCGCUAUUGUUAUCUUGUUUUCUUUUUCCCUCAACGCGUUGUACUAAUGAAUUGGUGCUAUUUAAAAAUAAAUUGUCAUACAAUUUGAGUA